CAGAGCAGCUGUGUGAGGUGGUUGAUUUUACUGACUACCUAAACCUUGAGUGGGACUCAAGUUUUGGAUCUGUAAAAGUUUGAGUCCGUAAGAGUCGAUCAUGAUCAGCCGCAACUUUAAGAAUGUGUUGGUGGUCUCCAUUGGGUUUCUCUCUCUGUUCACGGCUUAUGGAGGCCUGCAGAGUUUACAGAGCAGUCUAAAUGCAGAGCAGGGGAUGGGUGUUGCAUCCCUGAGCGUCAUCUACGCCUCCAUCAUCAUCUCCUCCAUGUUUCUGCCCCCCAUCAUGAUCAAAAAUCUGGGCUGUAAAUGGACCAUCGUUGCCGGCAUGGCCUGUUAUGUGUCAUACUCAUUUGGAAAUCUCUACCCUGGAUGGUACACUCUUAUGCCAACCUCAGUCAUCCUGGGUUUGGGCGGUUCUCCUCUGUGGUCGGCUAAAUGCACCUACCUGACCAUCUCUGGGAAUUUGCGAGCUGCUAAGGAGAACAAGAAGGGUUCGGAUAUAAUCAACCACUACUUUGGGAUCUUCUUCUUCAUCUUCCAGUCAUCAGCAGUUUGGGGAAACCUGAUGUCGUCGCUCAUCUUUGGGCAGGACACCAGUAUCUCUGACAUCCCAGAGGAAAUCCUAGAAACCUGCGGAGCAGCUGACUGUGGCCUCACUAUUGCUGUCAACAGCACCAGCAAGAGACCAGAACAGAAACUUGUGUGGACGCUUGUUGGGUGCUACAUUGGUGUCGGGGUUCUGGCUAUGCUUAUUGUGGCAAUAUUUCUGGACAACAUUGACAAGCAGCAGGCCAGCGAGUUUCGGGAGAAAAAGGAGCCGCUUUGCAAAACCUUCCUGGCCACAUUCAGGCUGCUGAAGGACUGGAGGCUCCUGACGCUCAUCCCUCUCACCAUGUACAGCGGCUUUGAGCAGAGCUUCCUCUCUGGGGAAUACACCAAGAACUACGUGACGUGUGCUUUGGGGAUCCACUAUGUUGGUUUUGUGAUGAUGUGUUUCGGAGCGGCCAAUUCCCUCUGCUCCUUUCUGUUUGGGAGGAUCGCUCGGUACAUCGGAAGAGCUACGCUCUUCUUCUUUGCCGCUGCGGCCAACUUGUCCUGCAUCAUCGCUCUCCUGCUCUGGAGGCCUCACCCUGAUCAGCUGCCCGUCUUUUUUGUGUUUCCCGCCCUUUGGGGCAUGGCAGACGCCAUCUGGCAAACUCAGACUAACGCUCUUUAUGGCGUCCUCUUCCCGAGGGAUAAGGAGGCCGCGUUCGCCAACUACCGCAUGUGGGAGUCGCUGGGUUUUGUCAUCGCCUUCGCCUACAGCACCUUUCUGUGCCUGGAGUACAAGCUAUAUAUAGUGCUGGCUGUUCUGAUUGUUAGCAUGAUAACCUACCCCAUAGUGGAGUACAAUGAGUACAGGAAUCCCACUGAGCCAAUUGAACAGAUCACCUCUGAGAACCACAAGAAACCUGCAGAAGACGACAUCAUCAUCAUCCAAACUGGGAUGUAGACAUUUUUCCAUCCGCUGGAACUGAACCUACAUGGUCAGACUCUUUCAUCCUGAACUGAAAAACUGGAACAACAGGUGAUAAAUGCUAAAAAUAUCUCCAAAGGGGCAGAAAAGAGCAGUAACUAUGAAAUAUGGCCGUUACUUCUUCCGGAACAACAAACCUGAGACUUUUCCUGUAGCUAUUUUGUUAAAAAAGUCCCUUUGGAGCCUAGUUGGUCCGUUGGACCAUGCACUGCUUAAAAUAGAUCUGAUGUCAUAACAUAAAAGCACAUUAAGUUAAAGACUUAUUUUUUAAUGUCUCAUAUAGAAUGUUUUUGUUGAUAGUUUUAUGAUUUCAGCAAUACUUCUACAUAUUGCUUCACGUUUAUUAGAUGAAACCUUCACUAAACUUUUA